UAUAUUAGCGACAUGUCCGUACCGAAAGGGUCGCGAGAUAUGCGGAAGACGAAGGAGAGGCUGAGUAGUGCCGCGAGGGCCUACAAGGCUGAUAAGACCUCUUCCCGUAUGCCUACUGAGGUCAGGGAAAUGGUCAAAGGUUCUUCAGCAUAUCAGAGAGGCAGGACUCGCGGCGGCUACGGUGAAACCCUCGAGAAACUUCGGAAGGAGUUCUACGAAAAAUGGGACGAAAACAAAUCGUCCGGGUCCGAAGGACUGAAGGACUUCGAGAGGAUCAAAACGUUGGGCAGUGGUUCCUUCGGCCGAGUGUUCCUGGUGCAGCAAAAAACCACCAAUAACUACUACGCGAUGAAAGUGAUGGACAAGUCGCGCAUAGUUAAACUGAAGCAAGUGGAGCACACACUGUACGAGAAGAAAAUCCUGGAGUCGGCCCGCUUCCCGUUCUUGAUCUCGUUGGAGUUUGCGUUCAAGGACAACAGCUACAUUUACUUGCUGAUGCCGUUCAUUAAUGGCGGGGAAAUGUUUACCCAUCUCAGGCGGGUGCAUAAAUUUGACGAGACUUUGUCAAAGUUUUACGCGGCUCAGGGACCUCAAGCCCGAGAACAUCCUGAUCGACGCCAAGGGGUACCUGAAGAUCGCAGACAUGGGAUUCUGCAAGGUAACGCUCACAACGUCUUCCACAGCGAAAGAUCUGAACCCGAUAUUCAGAUCGUGAAAAGUAGGACUUGGACAUUAUGCGGCACUCCCGAAUAUAUCGCACCCGAGAUCAUCCUCAGCAAGGGUUACGGCAAAGCGGUAGACUGGUGGUCUUACGGUGUGCUCCUAUUCGAAAUGACUGCCGGAUUUCCGCCGUUCACAUCGAACGAUCCGAUGAGGGUGUACGAAAAGAUCAUCGCGUGCAAGUACAAGUGUCCGGGAUUUUUCACCCUCGAACUGACCGAUCUGGUCAGGAACUUGCUCCAAGUCGAUUUGACCAGAAGGUACGGUAACUUGAGAGGCGGCACCGCCGACAUCAAGACCCACCGGUGGUUUCAACACACCAACUUCGAGGGCAUUUUUAACAAGCAAAUUGAUCCGCCGUUUAAGCCCAAAACGAAAAACCUGUCGGAUACCACUAAUUUCGACGAUUACCCGGAAACGGACCUCAGAGUCAGCGAACAUAACCUCUUCAUUGACCAGUUCGAGAAGUUCUGACGCGGUUGGAGUUCCUUUGA